ACCAACAGAUACCUGUCUCUGGCCCAACCCUCUCUAAGACGCUGCUGCAUAAUUAUAUUCAUCUGCGCUUUGUGUCAGUGUGUGUGCGUGUGUAAAACGCUCGGAGCAACAACACCAGCAACGGCAUCAGAAUGUAUCUCAUACAGACUGUUCAAACAAGUUGGCGUCCCCAGUUGCCGCUGCCCAAAGACGACGACACGAAAGCCACAAACCAAGCAACAACAACAACAACAAUAAACACAACAACAACCGACAACAACGACGAAUUGGAGAUGGAGCGUCUGCGCAUGAGCGGAUCCGGAUCCUCACAGCAGCUGUCGCAUAAACAGAAAUGGUCCUUUGGACGACUCUUUCGCAAAAAGAAGGAUGCGGCGGCGGAUUGCGCCAGCGCCAGUUCCAGCGAGGAGGACCGCAAGGCGGGCUUUGUGCCCGCCCAGCGCCAGAGCUCAACGAAGCCCAAAGCCAAACAUCCAGCCAAGUCCGGACGGAGCAACAAGGCGCCCAACUUCGAUCACAUCGUGAUGCCGGCAGCCCAAUCGCAGUCGCAGCCGCAGCACAUAGACAACGAGUUCUUUCUGCCCGUGGAGAUGGUGCCGCCAGAGCCAUACUAUCAGAACCAGCCCGGCUACUACAGCCGCUCCAGCAACUCCCUGGAUCGCCGGCUCUAUCUGUCGCAGCAGCCGCCGGCGCCGCCCCACAAAUCCCGCUCCGGUCAACGCGGCAAGGUGCCGGGCCACUCCAGCGAGGAGGAGAUCAUAUCGCUGAAUUCCUCCACCUUCUCCAAGUAUCGCAGCGACGAGAGCAUACAGGGAUACGGCGCAUCCGGCCAGAGUCGACGCAGUCGCGCCGCCCGCAACGAACGCUACUACAAAAGAUUGUCCCGCGACGGCGAGGUGAGCCAUGGCGGUGUGCCUGUCCAGCAACAGCAGCAGGUGAUGGUGCCCACGCAGCGCUAUAAGACGCAGCCGCUGCCCUUGUCCAUCUACCAGGCGGCGGCUCCGGCGGCUCCGGAUGCAGCACCCGCCAGCUAUGUCUCCGGCUAUGUGCAAUGGCAGCCGCAGGCGCGUCCCUUGCAGAACUCCAUGCAGAACGAUGCGAAGCGCAGCAUCAGCUACGAUAGCCAAAUGCAUUUGCAGAACGUUAAUGGACGGAUGCAGACGAAGCCCGUGCUGCUGCCGCCGCCGCCGCCGCCGAGAGAUCCGUUGCGGCGCGUCCAUGCCGGCUACAGUUCCAGCGAUUUGCGUCCCGUCUCCUAUGCCUUCGAUCAGGGCGGACGCUGCGUGUCCGACGAUCGGAUGUGGCAGCCACCGCAUUACCAAUCCGUGCACUCGCUCAAUUCACAGCCAGGCGGAGGCGGAGGAUCAAUAGCCAGUGCUCCGGUCACCGAGCAGCCGUCGCAUCAUCGUCGCUUUAUUACCCGCUCGGAGCGGAACGCUCUGCCGGGCAAGAAGUCGCUGCCCAAUGGCAUCGACUUCCACUAUGUGGCCGAUGCGACGCCGCGCUCCAGGAAGCCCAUCCACAUGCUGGACCCGAACGGCGGACUGCGUGAGUCAAAGACCGGCCUGCCGGCGUCCAGCGGCGUUUUGCGCACCUCGAAGAGCGGACUGCCGACCUCCAGCGAGGCCUGGGAGCAGCAGAGAUCACAGCAACAGCAGGGGCAGCCCCUGGUUAAGCCGCGCUCUAUUUCCAGUUCGAGAAUCAGCGAGCUGCGCAGCUAUCCCAUGCCCAUGUACUCUGAGGUGCAGAAGCCCAAGCGAGCAGCUCCCGCUCCCGCUGCCGCUCCCGUUCCCGCUGCCGUUCCCGCUCCGGAGUCGGACAACGUCAUCUGCGGCAGUUUGCACAUCAAGCCCGGCGAGCAUGGCAGCCAGAACUAUGUGGAGAUACGACAUCGGGAUGUGCACAAGACCAACUCGAUGCCGCAUCAUUACCAGCGUCGUUCCGGCGAGGAUUUGCCCAACAAGUACGAGGAGUAUGUGGCCGAGAAGCGGGAACAGCAUCAGCAGGCGCCGGCGCCCAUCUUUGCCGAACGCAAGGGCAGCGCACCAGCCAUAGCGCCCAUCUAUUUUCCACGCAAGAAGCCCGCCAAUCUGGAGGAGGCCAUCAACGAGCUGGAGGCCAUUUACAAGUCGCUCGGCCUCACCGAACCCAAGUCGGAGACCAAGUCGGAGCUCAAGUCGGAGACCAAGUCGGAGACCAAGUCGGAGUCUAAGCCGCGUCUGCCCACGCCGAGUGACUUUGAGAAAUUCGCCUUGGCCCAUGCCGAUGACUACGAGGACGAGGACUCGCCGACGGGUGAGCCGGAUUUGGUGCGCGACGAUGUCGCCUAUCGCAAUCUGCAGCUGGCCAAUUUGCAGUAUCGCGCCGCGGACAGGCAGCCGCCCUUUGGGAUACCCGUCGGACCGAUUGUGCCGGCGCCGCAGAGCGACUAUCUGCACGUGGAGUCGGUCAGCCAGAAGAAGAAGCAGCAGCAGCAGAACGGUUCACCGGACAUUGUCAAGGAUGAUUUGGCGGUGCGUGCAUUGCGCAAAGAUCCGCCCGGGCCCAAGUCCAGCUUUAUGUAUCCCAUGCAGAAAAAACAGCGGGCGACGCGAACCCAAUCCGCCAACAUCUACAAUCUGAUCCAGCGUGCCGCAGCGAAGCCUUCCGGCGGAGAUCUGAGCAGUUAUAUCGAACUGUCCCGCAGCAUUGAACGCGCCGGCUCCAUGUCGAAUCUGGGCGUGACGGAGGCGAGUGACACGAGCGAUAUACCGGGCACCUUGGAUCUGCUGCGCAAACUCAAGGCUCAGGACGAGGAGCUCAACAGGAAGCCGCACAUACCCUUCAGGCAUCCGAGUCAGGGCGGCGCCAUAGCACAGCUGCCGGAGCGACUGGGCCACGUGGAGGAGACGACCAAGUUGCCGCCAGUGCCAGCGCCUAGGAAGAGCCUGACGCCCGAGCCAAUGCUGGAGGAUGCGCUGAACAAGAUUGCGCAGGAUGCGCAGGCGAGCAGCAUCAAGCUGACCCAAGAGCUGGACGAGCUGCGCAAGGAGGCGCUCAUUACGGCUGCCCGGCUGCCCAAGCUAAACCCGGAGCAGCAAAAACUCGAGCACGAGCUGCAACAGAUCGAGGCCGUCUCCGAGGCGGCCAAGCGCUGUGGCCAGCUGCUCCUCGAUACGCUGCCCGACCACGAUCAGCCGGAUACGGAGCAGCCGCAGCAGCGAAAACUGCAGAAGGAGGGCAAACUGAUACGCGCCAUCGAUGAGGUGUCCGAGGCGGCGAAUGCGGUUUGCGAGAAGAUCCUCAAGGAUAUUGUUACCACCGAACCGCCCGUAAUUGUGCACGAGGCGCGGCAGGUGAAACAGGAGCAGCAGUUGGUGAUGCCGCAUCUCAUCCGGAAACUGGAUCCCAUACAGUCGGACAAGAUCGAGGCGAUUGCCAAGCGCUGCAUGCGACAGCUCAGCGAACUGGCCGAGCCGGAGCCCGAGCCGGAGCCGAAGCCGGAGUUGGAGCUCUCGCCGGACUACGACAAUCUGGCCGCGUGUAAUAUGAGCACAGCUGGAGCUGGCACUGGAGUCCACGCUGAUGCCACUCUCAUUUGUCCCAUUGCAGAGGCCCGGACACGGGCGCAGGCCAAGUCCCAAACGCUCGACGAUAUCGAUCGCAUUAUGCAGGAGUGCGAGCGUCAGGCGCGGAGUAGCUGCAGCAGGACAACAACAACAACAACAACAACUGCAUCCGGCACGGAUGAUCAGCGCACCACGGCGCCCAGCAUGAGCAGCGGCAGCGGAUGUGGGCGUGGCAGUCAGCAGGCAACCAACGUAAGCACCACCGCAUCCUCGUUCAGCUCCAGCAGCGAUUGCCUGGCCAAGUCAUCUGGGAGCCCGUCGAACGCCAGCCGGCCGAUGUCAUCGAGCAUAACGUCAUUUAAUCCGUACUCCUCGAGCGACUACAUCAAGUCGCAGAGCAGCGAUUAUCAUGCACCCAGCACCGAUCCCAUCAAGACAUUCAGCACCACGUCCUACGAUGCGGAAACGACGCCCAAUAACACCACAAUCAGCACCACAACCACAAGCACAACCAACAACAACACAAGCGAAAAUCAAACCACGUCGUCGUCAUCCGCCGCCUCGUCGCCUCCGUUGCAAUUGACGCCGGUGCAAUCGUCGCCCUCGCAGUACAAUUCGAGCGAGGAGCUGGCCGCCAUCUUUGGCAUCGAGGAGAAGCCAGCGAAGCAGCCGCCGCCGGUUAAUCCAACAGAAACUUUUGCGGCCUCAAGUGACUUAGCCACAGCAUCCGCCACUGCCAAAACUAGCUGCCAGCAACAACAAGUAGAAGAACAGCAACAACCAUCAGUUGGCUCCUCGGCUCAAAUCUUGUAUCGGGGACAGCAUCCGCACUUUCAUCAUCAUACAACGCCCGCUUAUUACACGGAUCUGCAGCUGCGCAUCCAUACGCCGAAUGCGUCGGAUGUUGGUGCGCUGAAUGAGAAUUAUCAGAGUGUCUAUAGCACGCCCAGCACUCAGCUGGUGGAGCAGCGCAGCUUUCCCAAGACAAGUGCGGCCCAAACAAAUCAACGAGCAACGUUUUUUCGAAUUGGCGACUCUGUGUCCACGGACAACAACAACAAAAAGGAACGCAGCAAGGAACGCUGCGCCAAAUCCUUGCCGCCGUCUGUGAACGCUACAAAAAAAGGUGAAUCCUCCCCCCUAAGCCGCCCUAUUGCCAGCAAUAGUAGUUGUAGAUCACCCGUAGCCCCGGCUAGCCCCGUAGUAGUUGCUGUGUCCGGCCGCAACAGUCGCCACACACAUCGCUUCCAGCUGCGCUCCAAACGGGCCGUGCGUGUGCGCAGCGAAUCGCGUCCAAUUAGCGCACUCUACGACAUAAUAUGCAAGGAGAAGGGCCUCGACGUAGGCGAUUCCACCACGAGCACGAGCAGCAGCAGCAGCAACGAGGAGCAACCGGAGCAGCAGCCGGAUCAGCAGCCGGAGCAACAGUUGCAACAGUUGGACAAAAGCGACACGCUGGCGACCUUUUGGCCCUUGCAUCACCAAUUCCACAGAGCUUCAAUGAGCAGCGCUAACAGAAACCAGAAAUCGGAGCAGUUGGACAAACGCCAGCAGCUGACCAAGCAGAAGCGCAUUCGCGCCUUGCCCGAUGCCGGCUCCACGGAUGAAAAUGACGACGAUGACGGAUCGCCGUAUGCGCUGCACUCUAGUCAAAAGACAACCAAUCUGAGUCUUAGCAAGGCCAACUCGCUGCCGCCCUCAGAGUCAAUGUCGAGCUACCUCAAGAAUCAGCAGCAGCAGGCACAGCCCCAGCCCCAGCCCCAGCCCCAGCUGCAGCCGGUGGAAAUUCCAGCGGAGGAUCCACCAUUGGCACAUGAGCGUGCGGCCAAGAGCCUGGAGCCAGUUGCUGCAAGGGUGGCGUCGACGGCCUCGCAGCUGGUGAUGAGCUACAUGGACGGCCAGCCGAUUAGUACGGACCGCAUGUUUGUGGAGCCGCCAAAGCUUACCCUGCCCGAGCUCAACCGUCGGGUCAGCAGCAAGAAGCAGCUGGUGGAGGACGCGGACGAACAGCAGGAAUUGAUAUCGGCCACAUAUAAGGAGGGCGAGGUCUUGGAGACGCUCGCCCGCUGGCAACAGGAGCUGAGCUCCACCAUUGACAAGUCCGCGCAGUUUAUAAACGGUGCUAAUGGUCAUAAUCCACAUCAUCAUUAUCCAUAUCAGCGCGAGCAGCAUCAUUAUCAUGAACUGUCCGCAUCUCCCGCACCUGACCAUCUGCAUCCCGUGGCAGUAGAAGACCCACAACAGACCCAACAGACCCAGUCUCAGUCGCAGUCGCUAUCCAAUCAUCACCAUCAUCACCAGGCGACCAACGCGCGCAGAUUCAUAACUCGAACGCCGCGCUCCGGCAGCCGUCAAAGUGCCGGGCACUCGUCACCGCCACCGCCAGCCGGCUAUCACAGCGACUCAUCCUGCAGCUCGCCAUCGCCCACACGUAGACUCCACCCAGCUGCAACACCUGCAACAACUGCAACAGAAGUAAUUGCAACCGAUCCGCAAUCGUCGGCGAACGGCAACAGCUCCGCUUAUGAGACGGCAGCCACCUCUGUGAUGACACAUGCUAAGCCGCCGGCGCCAGACCAAUUGCAGCAGCCCGGGCACAUUGAAGUUCCUAAGAGCACGUCCCAGACAAACGCAACGUCCGUCAUCGACACACGGCCCGCAUCCAUCAACUCAGCGAGCCACAACACAGUUUCCUCUGGAAGCGCCAACAACAACAAACGCAGCAUUCAUUUCACCUGCAACAACAACAACAACAUCAGCAGCAGCAGCAGCAGCAGCAGCCACAGUCGCUUCAGUCGCAGCAACAAUAACAGUCAACUGCAACAUUGCCACAUUGUUAGCCACGCCACGCCCAUGCCGCCUCUCGCCACGCCAUUAAUUGUGCUCAAAGCGGCAGCAGCAGCAGCGACGCCGACAGCGACGUCGGCAGCGACGCCAGCAGCGUCACCUUCGAAGCGGCGCAAAAAUUUGCUAUCGCCGCUGCGCAUUAUCGGCGCGUCCACGUCCACUGCCACGCCCCCGCAGGCCAGUCCGCUCUUGAGCAGCUCCUCAUCCUCGCCCCAAUCCUCGCCAGCGGUGCGCACAACCAAAGCCAGUCGACUGCGUGCCGCAGCGCUCGACCGCAAAAAGGAGGAGGAUCAGCAGCAGCAGCAGAGGCCACGUUUCAGUUCUCCCAGUUCGCUGCGAACGCACUCAACGCCGCCGGCUCGACGACUGAGCAGCUCGGAGCUGCUGUCGCCCAAGUGCAGCGGCGGAUUCAGUUCCGAGCCCAGCUGCAGUGCCGCCCGCCUGCUGCAGCCGGCACGUUCCGCCUCACAGCCAGCGGAGCCUCUCGAGCGCCGGCCACUGGUGGCCACGGCCAACAACGUGACCAUGAAGCAGAAUCUGUGCGAGCUGCACUUUACGGGCAUGCGUCCAAGGAGCUCCACACUGUGCGCCGAGACGGAGCACGAGAGCGGAAGCAGGCCACGUGAUAAUCUGACCAACUCAAAGCUGAGUCCCGUGCAAAAGCACAAGCGAACCCCGGAAGCCUCACCCCUUCCACGUCGCGGCGCCGAUCGCGAUAAGUCGGCCAAACGUAAAUCGAAUCUGAACCGAUCCCACAACGAGGAAGCCACCAAGGAUAGCGAUGAGGCUGCGUCUGUGCGUCGACGUCGACGCCGCGAACUGGGCAUGGCACGUCCGCUGCUGCCGGGGGAUGACGCUGCGUCGCUGCGAGAGUUACUGCAGUCGCCGCAGAAGAGCUCCUGCAGCGAAUCCACAUCCAAGUCGGAGUCGCUGCGCCAGGCACGCGGCAUUAGCCAGAAGCUCAACGAGCGCACCAAAACGGAGCUGGCCGAGAUCAAGAAGAUUGCCGAACAGGCGCAGGAAGCGGAUGGGGCAGUUAAUGAGCCGCAGUCGCAGGAUCUUAAAAUGUCGCCCAUACUGCGACGCAAGAGUACGGAUGAGCUGGCUGCCUCUUCGGCAGCAACCACGCAGAAUUCACCGCCCGCACCCAAUCAGAUUGUCUCCAUAUUGAAGAAGAAGGAGCACGCGUUCGGCGAAUGCAAUUCGAGCGCCUCCAGCAAUGCCUCGCCGGUGACCUUCUCCGCCACGGUGCUGGACACGCCGCUGGCGAGCAGCCGCAGCAAGCGUCAGGGCAUACUGAAGAAGCGUUCCAGCCUGGAUGAAUCGCGCUACUAUUCGCGCUCCCAUUCGCCGGACGAGCGCAGCAUUCUGAUCAAGUCGGCCCGUCGCAAUUCACUGGAGGAGGCGGGCAGCGCUCUGAGUCCCGGCCAGGCACACGGCAUCCUCAAGCAGAGCAGCUACGAGAGCACCAAGAGCGAUGGCUGUCCGUCGGCCAAUGAAUGCCAGCCGCCUCACAGCAUACUGAAGAAGAAGGACUCGCUGUCGACGCCCUCGGAUGGGCACAUAUCCAAGCAUGUGUCCAUCUCGCAGGCAGUCACAUUGGCCGCCGCCGAGCUGGCCGCCCAUGACGGCGUGAUCACGGGGAUCCACGAUGCGGAUGGGAAUGGGGAGGAGCACGAAAUACGACCCAUACUCAAGCAGGAGAGCACCUCCAGCGAGGAGGCGACGCGCCCGCCCAAGCCCAUUCUCAAGAAGAAAUCAUUCGGCGAGGCGGACGAGCAAGAAAUUCGGCCCAUACUCAAGAGCAGUCGCAAGAGCAGCCGCGAGGAGUUCGACCUGAGUGAGGUCAACCAGGAAGCUUAUGACACGGCUGCCAAUGAGGCAACCAUUAUGCGUCCCAUACUGAAAACCGAUUCGCCUUCCAAGCGUCGCUCGCUCUGCUCCACGCAAGCCACAGAUGCGGACAACUCGGCAAGUUGUCUGCUCAAGCGACGCACACGCUCGCUGGAGCGCCAGGAUGCGCCGCCCGUCAUGGACCUGGCUGCCGCCUUGGAUGCCAUUACCAACUCGCAGUCGGCCACCGUUGACUUGGUGGCAACCUCAUCGAACAUGUCGGUAGCAGAGCGCGUCAAGCACAUGGAGAUGCACUCAGCCGGCGCAGCUGGUGGCAUGAACAGCAGCUGGGAAUCAUCCCCGCUGCAGCACGACUCGAGCCUCACGCCAAAGCUGCUCAAGCCCAGCGUUCUGCGCCGCGAUCUCUACAAGGACCGCUUCAAGACGCAGCCCGUAACCAGCGAGGAGAAGAGCUUCUUUAAAGCGAACUCCGCGCCAUUUGACAUCUCGGCGACGUCGGCCUUUAAGCUCACCAAACCGCUGGACAUUCGCAUCGGGGCGCAGCUUCAGCAGCAGCAACAACAACAGCAACAGCCGUUAAUUUCGCCCAUCACCGGACAACCGUUAAGCCACGUGCCGGCCCCCCUGCUGCUCUCCUCGUCGACGCUUUCGGCCGCCGGCAGCAGCUCGUACCGUUUGGCGCGCAGCUCAACGCAGCCGCUGCAGUCGCCGCGCGUUGUACAUCUCGCCGCCCAGGGCGCAGGCACUUCGCCAUCCACGUCCAGCUUGACGAAUUCGCCGCAGUCUCUGCUGCGCCAGCAUUCGGUCAGCGACAGCGUCAGCCUCAGCGAACAGCUGACUCUGUCUGUGGGCAACGACAGCGAACACAUAUUCGAGAUGUCCGGCUUGGAUAAUGACUCGGCGUUGGGCGAGGAUGCAUCCACAGCCACACAAUCGAGCGGUGUGGGCGUGGCACGCAGCAGCAGCGUUCGCGCGCGUGCCAACAUGUUCCAGCAAUUGCAAGAGCAAUCGCGCAGCCGACGGGAGGCGGCCGGUAGAGAGCAGUUGACGUCGCGCUCGCUGGUCAACAGUCAAGCAACUUCUCACCACUCGCCGCCGCCGUCGGCAGCAGUCGACGCUGUUGCUCUGCACACUUCGGUUUUAAACGACGAAACGACUAGUACGCCAAAUACAACGCAGGAUGCUACCGAUGUCGAGUUCGGUAAACCCGCCGAGGGUCUCAAGGGCAUACUGAAGAGUGGUAAGCCCUUGGCCGGCAUGGGUCGCGGCCUCAUGCCCAUUGAUCUCAAUGCGGAGCUCAAGAGUCGCCUCCAGCGCUCCACCCAUGCGACUGUCUCCAAUCUGCGUAAGUCCGCAACAACAGCAAAUGCGACGCGAGCCGCCGGCUCGGAUGAAACCGACAACAGCUCAACGAAUCCGCAACGACGCAACCUGGCCCAGAUACUGCGCAGUGUGCCCAAGGAGAAUGCUGCCCAGCACGAUGAUACAGUCAGUCUGGUGCGCAACCUCUCCUCGAUAGGCUCACCGCGUGUCGCCGCCGCCGCCGCCGAUGCGGCUGCCGGCCACAAUAACUGUGCCUCCGCCUCCGAAGGCGAAAGCUCCGGCGGUCGCGAGAUCGAGGCCAUCAUCAAGAACAGCGCCGUUGCCCGACGCCGACGCCAGCAGCAGCAACAGCAACAGCAGCCAGAUGGCAAUCUCAUUGCAAAAAGCAAAAGUUACUCGGGCAUAGCAGCACAGCAUAGUGGCACAGGCCCCCCCCAACUGCCUCCAGCUGGCGCCCGUGGCUUUGUCAAGUUGCGUCAUGUAGAUGCCGCCGAUAAGCCGAGCACAUCAACCGAGGAAUCAACCCAAUCGCAACCAGAUCCAGAUAAGCAAGAAGACACACUACUCAACAAAGACUCCACUGAAGACCAAGCCACAGAUGUGAGUAUAUACUUGACAUACUGCACAUUUAUAUGCUUCAUUCCAAUCGUUCUUUCUUAUCGCCAGAAUAUGGGUCCCGAUCAGCGCAAUAUUGCCAAGACUGGCUCCAUUGCCGAGCGAUUGGCAGCGCUGCAGAAGAGCGGCGAGGAUGACUGGAAAAGACGCGUCAACAAGCGCGAUGAGGUCGAUGAUAUUCGACGCGAAAACUUUGUCAAUGAAUCACUUUCUCUGGCCGAGUCGAUAUCGGACAAGCCGUUGCCGCCGUCGCCUUUGAUCGUGGCCAGCCUCGAAGGCGGCAAAGUUUCGGAGCGCCUGGGUAAGCUCAAGUCAAACUCGGAGAACUGGAAGCAACGUAUAGAGCAAACUGAUGCCAAGAAGUUUACAGUCGCUGGACGACUGCAGAAGAAGAAGGCUCAAUCGCCAGCUGAGUUGCAGUUCGAGCGUCUGCCCAAUGAUGCGGCCAAAAAGUGCCCAAUGCUGGAGGUGCGCAGCGCCAAUCAGCCGCAGCUGGGUCUGGCCAAGAGCCCCUCCAUGAUGGUGACGACGACGACCUUUUCGAAACCGACUCCAACACAGCGCAGCUUGAGCGUCGUCAAUGCUGAGGAGACUUUGCCGCCCCUGAGUCGCAGCAACAGCAGCAGCAGCAGCUGCGAGUCGGAUGGAUCGCCCCACAAUGCCAAGCAGAGCAAGGAGCUGGCCAACAACAAGAGCGCGGCCGCAGCCACAAAUGUGGGCGCCCGAAUACAAGUGCCGCGUCUCGACGACGAGGAGACCUUCGAAAACUUCUUUGUCGUCGUCCAGCCAAAGCCAAAGAGCAGCCAAACAGCAGCUGCCGUCGACAUAGGCGCCUUCGAUGAUAUAAAGCCCACAGAGCGCCUCGUUAGCAAGCGCAACAUUCAGGGACCCAAGGGUCGGCGAGCCGCACGCAAUCCUCUAAAGACUUUGGCAGCCCGCAGCGACAUCUGCUCGGAGUAUACGGAACUCAACACGGGCAUUGCCGAGCGCGAGGUGCGUCGUCUCAAGCUGGAAUCAUUUGGACAACGCGGCAACUUGGCAGCAGAAGCCAUCGCAGGUCUGGCAUCCAUCGAAGAUUUCAAGUCGGUGGCUUUGAAGUCGUCAUCGUUGCCGUUGCAGCAAAUGUGGUUGCCCUAUAAGCGCGUGAUGCUGCUGCAUGUCAAAGGACGCAACCAUGUCCAGACGCGUCUGGUGGCGCCCGUGCCGGCAUCGAUGAAUCGUGGCGAUUGUUUUAUUUUGGUCGCUGGAGCACAACUCUUCCGCUAUGUGGGCUCCUUUGCCAAUGUCAUUGAGAUCUCGCGCAGCAAGAAGAUCUGCGCUGCCAUUAUAGAGAACAAGGAUCUCGGCUGCACAGCCACACAGGAGCUAAUACUCUCGGACAAUAAAUACGUUAACGAGCGUCAAUGGCGUCAGUUCUGGUCGCUUCUGGGUGAGUCGGAGGAGUCCGAGGAGCAGCAGAUGGCUGACUGCGGCCAUGCGGAUGAGGAUGACGUAUUCGAGAGCUGUCUGAUUGAGACAAACAAGAUCUACGAGUUCCAUGACGAUGGCCUGGUGCCCCUGGCCAAGUACUGGGGCUGCAUACCAAAGGUUGAAAUGCUCGAUACACGCAAGGUGCUCGUCUUUGACUUUGGCAGCGAGCUGUAUGUGUGGAACGGGAAGAACGCCCCUACAGAUGACAAGCGGGCGGCCAUGCGUCUCGCUCAGGAGCACUUUGACGCCGCGGAUGCCGCAGACUACGCCCAGUGCUAUCUGAAUCCGGUCAACUAUGCUAGCAUUGUGGGCAGGCGCGAGAGCAGCAUGUAUGCCAAGCGCUGCGCUCAGCGGCCAGAGUGGUGCGUGCUGGGGAAGAUAACGCAGAACAUGGAGACGGUGCUGUUCAAGGAGAAGUUCAGCGACUGGCCGGAGCUGGAGCGCGAGGAUCUCGAGAAGGACUAUUUGGCAAAUGGUGUCCAUGUUGUGCGCGCACUCAACGGCGCAGCUCUGCUGAAGGGCGAGCUCCCCUACCAGGAACCCAAUCUUGUCCUGGAGCAGGCCAAUUUGGGUCGUGGCAACUUCUACUACGACAAUGAGACCAUGCGCCACUUUGAUAUUAUCACCAAAUCAACGGACAAAUGGCAGAUACACGAGUUCAAUUUCGAUGCGGCCGAGGCGCACAAGAACUACGGACACUUCUAUUCCGCGGAGAGCUACAUUGUGCGCUGGAUCUACCAGAUUUCAGUUACGGUACGGGAACUGAGUGGCAAGGUGUCGAAUCGCAGCACUGUCGGCCGCGAUCGUUGCGUCUAUUUCACCUGGCAGGGCCAGGACUCGAGUGCUAAUGAGAAGGGCGCCGCUGCUCUGCUGACCGUUGAACUCGAUAAGGAAAAGGGCGCCCAAAUGCGUGUGGCCCAAGGCGACGAGUUUCCCGCCUUUGUGCGACUCUUCCGCCAGCUCUGGCAGCAUCAUGGUCGCAAAGUGCAAUGCCUGACCAGGCGAGCCGAGUGGCGUCUGUACCAGCUACAAGGCAAUUUGCCCGAGGAAUCGCUUCUAAAGGAAGUUCACUGCGAUGCCCGACAGCUCCGUUCGCGUAGCUCCAUGCUGCUCAUACACGGCGCCGAGGGACUUGUGCUCGUUUGGCAUGGCUGCAAGAGCGCAGCGCAUACUCGUGCCGUCGCCUUAGCUGCAGCCCAGCAGGUAGCAGAUCAGCUGCCUGAGGAUUUGUUCAGCUGCGCAAGUGCCACAGUCCAGGAACUGGAGGAGGGUGCCGAGUGCGAUCUCUGCACGACGGCCCUUGGCAUUGGCAUUGGCGAGGAGGAGCGCAAUUAUGGUAGUCUGCUAAAGUCGACCAAAUGCUAUGACUACACACUAAGGAUCUUUAACCUGUCGAGCACACAAGGCGUAUUCAAGGCACACGAACUGAUCGAUCCGAUGCGUUGCCGGGAUCUGCAUUCUCCUUAUCCAUUUUCACAGUCGCAGCUGUACAAUGCUCGCCAGCCGACUAUUUUCCUGCUAGACGAUGGCGACGAACUGUGGCUCUGGAUGGGCUGGUGGCCACUGGAGGACAUCAAGAUCAACUCCGACUCCGAUCGCAGCAGCCCCACCAAUGACAAUCGUGCUGGUGUGAACCGUUGGAUCUCAGAGCGACGAGCUGCUCUAGAAACGGCCGUCGACUAUUGGCGUGCGAAGCACGGCGAUAAUGACGCGGUUUCCUUUCAUGGCAUCAAGGGUCACGUUGUUUGGGCAGGGCUGGAGCCGUUGCCAUUUAAAGCUUUCUUUCCCGAUUGGUCGGAGCGCGACGAUAUUCGUGAAAUCAACCUCGAGGAUGGUCGGACUGAUGUACCCACGUCCAUCAGUGAAAUGCUCGCACAAAUGACUCAAACCGAAUACCCGCUUGAGGUGCUAAAGGCGCGCCCGUUGCCAGAGGGCGUGGAGCCCACGCGUCUGGAGCUCUACCUGAAACCAAAUGAAUUUCAACACGCACUCGGCGUCAGCCGUUUGGAGUUCGAUCAGUUGCCCGUGUGGAAGCAAACCAAGCUGAAGAAGGACCGUGGUCUUUUCUAAAACAACCACGAAAAUGUGACCAUAUUAGACUUACACGUGAACGCAAUCACAAAAUACUUUUGUAACCAAAAAUAUUUUCUAACAAUCUUCAAAAACGUACAUGCUUAUGUAUUCUACCAAAACUAUUUACAAGAACCACACGAUACACGAUACUGUGAGCAUAUCUUUAGAUACUCUCGUACUUUAUACACUUAUCGUAUAUACAUAUUUAUAUACACAGAUUUAUAUCCUGUGAUAGCAGCUAAAUAUGUAUUCAGACGACACAAAGAUUAUCACGAAAUUGCACUGGUCUAUCAAAAAACGUAAAAUUUAAUUACAUUUAUGUACAUAUUAAGUUGAUGUGCUUUGUGUUUAACAAAUUGACUAAAUUGCCAUUGUCAAUUUGUAUACAGCACAUACAAAUUUAAGGUAAAAUACCAUUGCUCUCUUUAUUUCAUACUUUUCGUGUACUCAAGUUUCUAUUUACGUAUAUCUACAUUUAUUUGCUCAUUUUAGUAUUUGUAUUCUAUUAUGUUUCGAUUUUAUUUCGUAUUAUGUAGUUUUUAUUAAAAAAAUAAAAAUAAAAUCAAAAAUAAA